AUGUGUAUGUAUGUGUAUGUGUUUGUGAGUACUUAUCCUUAUUUGCUUUUUUUUUCUUUUGCUUGCUUGUGUGCUAUCCCCUCCUUUAUCCUGGUGCUCCUUUUCUUGCGCAGCCCUCCCCUUUCUCCUUCCUUCUUUGCCUUUAAGUUGUCGUAUAACUACAAAUACCCUUUUCUUUCUUCUACCCCUCUAGAAGGGAUUAAAAAUAUGAAUUAA